AUGCCGCUCAACACACCAACGGAGACACUCCGCAGCGACCCUUUUGUAAAAGGCAUUAUAAUCAGUGGCGGACCGAGCUCUAUACACGAUGCAGACGCUCCUGCAUUUAAUCCGGAUCUGUUUGAGGUUGGCAAACCUCUGCUUGGUAUAUGCUACGGCAUGCAGUUGCUUACACGAGCCUUUGGUGGAAGUGUGGGACAGGCAGCAUUGCGGGAGGACGGACAGGAUGAGAUAUCUGUGGAUACCGCAUCCAAGCUUUUCGAUGGUCUUCGUCCAACCGAAAGGGUACUUCUUACGCAUGGCGACUCCAUAAUUGAAUCGGGGCCGCACCUUGACGUUAUUGCGCGCAGCAGUGCCAGCAUUAUUGCUGCUGUGCAGCACCGGGAACUUCCAUUGUUUGGUGUACAAUUCCACCCGGAAGUGGAGCUCACGGAAAAUGGUAUGCAUAUCUUCAAGAAUUUCCUGACGCUGUGUGGAUGUCGCUUCACCUUUACUAUGGAGGAUCGUGAGGUGGUGGCGCUGCGUAUGAUCAGAGAGCGUACCGCAAGUGGGCAAAAAGUUUUGUGUCUCGCCUCUGGCGGAGUUGACAGUACGGUGUGUGCGGUGCUACUGCUCAAAGCUCUUGGACCCGAUCGUGUUGUGUGUGUCCACAUUGACCACGGCUUCAUGCGGCUCCGCGAGAGCGAGGAGGUAGUGGCGGCGUUGAAGGCAGCAGGUGUGCCUGUGACUCUCGUUGAUGCCAGAGAGCAGUUCGCACAAGCAACGACGGAGAUGCCCGAAAAACGCUCGCGUGCUGCCUACACAACUGGAAAGCUGUCUGAGGUUGUAGACCCUGAAGAGAAACGUGUGAUCAUAGGCAAUACCUUUAUGUCUGUGUGUGACGCUGUCAUCAAGGACCUUAAGCUUGAUGUGAAGAAUCUUCUGCUUGCACAAGGUACUCUGCGCCCGGAUCUCAUCGAAUCCGGGUCGGCGUACGCUAGUAAGACCGCUGACGCCAUUAAGACGCAUCACAACGACACUGCUGUGGUUCGUCAACUGCGUGAAGCAGGACGCAUCAUUGAGCCUCUUUGCGAUUACCACAAGGAUGAGGUGCGUGAACUGGGAGCCCGUCUUGGCAUUCCGUCACACCUUGUUCAGCGACAACCUUUCCCAGGACCUGGUCUGGCCAUCCGCACGCUCUGCAGCAACGGUACGCCAUUCAGGGACGACUUUUAUGAGUCCACAGAGCAGGCAGUUAAGGCCGUAUGCACAGGCGAUGAAGCCGUUGACGUGGUGCGACCACUGAGUGAGGAACUCAAGGGCCUACAAGUGGCUUCCUGCGUGUUACCCAUUCGCACCGUGGGGGUGCAAGGCGACAGCAGAACGUACGCCUACGCAGUGGCCCUAUCUACUGAAGGGUUCCCGACAGAAGCGGAGUGGAAGCAGCUAAAAAGUUUGGCGCUUGCCAUCCCAAAGGUCGCACAUCAUGUCAACCGUGUUGUGUUCAUGUUUGGACCCAAGCGAGCUGAUCCCCCGCGCACUGUGACCAAAACAACGCUCCUCCCAUCCGUGUUGGACAAGCUCCGCGUCGCCGACGAUAUAGUUAACCGUACCCUGAUAAAACACAACCUUGUGCGGCGUCUCAGUCAAGUCCCUGUUGUGUUGGUGCCCAUCGGGUUCGAAGAGAAGGGCCAAUACAGUGUUGUGGUGCGCACGUUUGUUACAAACGACUUCAUGACAGGCGUUCCCGCGGUUCCUGGCUCUCCGAUGAUGCCGCUGGUCGCCUUGGAGGAGAUGGUGGCGUCACUGCAAAAGUUGGAGUUUGUGUCACGUGUGCUGUACGAUCUCACCGCUAAGCCACCUGGGACGACGGAGUGGGAGUAA